UAUAUUGAAAUGUGGUGUGGAGAACGUGGUUAGCAAAGUUCUUCCCAUAUAGUUAAAUUUCAAAUGCAGCGAGUAUAAUCAAAUAUGCGAUUAACAAAGAUAGCUACAUCAGUUAUGAAAAUCUUUGCUAUCGUCUAUCUUCGUAUGUGAGUCAUAAUUUGGCAGGAUGCUGAGCGAGUGGAUGUUGGAACUAAAGAAUUGAAUCAAUGUUUUGUAUUGUUUUCUUAGUAGUGUGGUGUUCUUGAGGUGAAUAAAAGAAAAUAUUUUUCCUGCCGUUUUUUCAAAACGAGGAGUUGAAGUAUAUCAUGAAUGAAGUAGGUGUGAAGGCGAAGGUGCCGAAAACAAGCCCUAUUACAGACGACUAUGAAAUUUCCAACACAGUGUUAGGUCUUGGUAUUAAUGGGAAGGUCGUCCAGUGUUACAACAAGAGAACGAGGGAAAAGUAUGCUUUGAAGGUGCUGCAUGACAAUACGAAGGCAAGGCGGGAGGUUGAUUUGCAUUGGAGGGCCAGCAACUGUCGGCAUAUUGUGCAUAUAAUUGAUGUUUAUGAGAACAGUUACAGUGGAAACAAGUGCCUUCUUGUUGUUAUGGAGUGCAUGGAAGGUGGUGAACUGUUCCAGCGAAUACAAGACAGGCAAGAUGGAGCCUUCACUGAAAGAGAAGCAGCAGAAAUAAUGCGAGAAAUCUGCCUAGCUGUCAAACAUCUUCAUGAUAUGAACAUUGCUCACAGAGAUCUGAAGCCAGAAAAUUUGCUUUAUACAAAGCCAGAUCAUACAGGUAUACUAAAGCUGACUGACUUUGGGUUUGCUAAAGAAACCUUUUCGAAGGAUACACUGCAAACACCAUGCUACACACCAUAUUACGUUGCACCUGAGGUACUUGGACCAGAAAAGUAUGACAAGAGCUGUGACAUCUGGUCAUUGGGUGUUAUAAUGUAUAUUCUGUUAUGUGGUUUCCCACCCUUUUACAGUAACCAUGGCCUGGCAAUAUCACCAGGUAUGAAAAAACGUAUACGAACAGGGCAGUAUGAUUUUCCAAACCCUGAGUGGCAGAAUGUUUCACAAGACGCAAAAGAUCUUAUCCGUGGUAUGCUGUGUAUCGAACCGACCCACCGCCUUACGAUAGAUCAAGUGAUGCAGAAUAAAUGGAUUGCUCAAUAUACAGAAGUACCACAGACUCCUUUACAUACUGGUAGAAUGCUGCGAGAAGGGGAAGAUAUCUGGCCAGAAGUUCAAGAAGAAAUGACACGCUCAUUAGCAACUAUGAGAGUUGACUAUGACCAGGUUCACAUAAAAAAUUUAGAUAAUUCGAACAACCCUCUUCUCAAUAAACGUCGUAAACGUGUUGCAGGAGAUGCUGGUGGUAUUCACCAGCAAUAGUUUUGAACAGUGUCUGAAAUAUUUGCUAUAUUGAAUGGUGCUGUUAACAAAGUGAAGUGUGCCACAAUAGAACAUUGAUGGGGGGUUAUAUAAGACUCUGUACUGGGCUUAGUUUUGUGGUAAAGUGAUUUGUGAAACUGUAUGUGUGUCUGUGUGUGUUAAUUUUUUUGGCAUUUCAUAGGGGAGUAUUAACUUUGAGUAACAGAAAGUGCAGAGUUUGGUAGUACAAAUUCUUACAUCUGAGCUAAAAAUACAGUGAAAACGAGAGUUUUGUAUGGGUUGUAUGAUACUGUUUAUAUACAGUAAAUCAUUGAUACUUUUUUGACAGUGUGCUUAAUCUCCUCUUUGAACUGUUGGUAUAUUUUAGCUACUUAAUUUUUCAAAACAGUAUUUAUGCACUUACGUUCAGCUGUGAAUUUCAUUUACUUUAGUUUUGUAAGAAAAUCUCGGUAUACUUCCAUGCAGAUCUUAAGAUCAACACAUCAGCCAAAGGAAGAGUUUGCCUGUAUCGACAAAUAUUUCUAUGGUUGGAUUGACAUGUUUAGAUUCUUAGCUAUGUAAAUAUGACCCCAUAAAUGAAUACACACUGACUUGAGUUCUUGAUCAUCAGUAUUUGUUGUACCAGAAUUGGAGAUAACCUAAGCAAUAUGAAGUGAUGAGGUUCGCAUUUGGGUGGUAGCGAUAUCAUUCUUAAGAAACUGAGUACUGUGCAUUUUGAUGUGUAAUCUGUUUGUGUUUUGUUACACUUUCGUGCCUUAAAAAAAGCCAGUUAAAAGAAGAUUUAGGCUCAUGCCUUGGAGUUGUGUACCUAUGGCUUUGUACAGAUAGUUCUUAGGAAAAAUAUGUGCAGAAGAUUUGUAAAUGAAACAGGUAGUAUCAGAAAAUAGAAGAAACAAUUAAAAGUGCAUUUUGUCGUGCUCAAAGUAAUAUUUCAGUUGUUUAUUUUCAUUUGUAAGUGCUUUAGAACAUGGUUCUCUCCCAUUGAUACUGGAGAGUUGAUUGUGUUGUUAAAAACAAUUUUCAGUAGAUUGCAGACAAGACAUCAACCGGUUAACUGACAACAUAUUACUGCUGCAUUGUGUAGACAAAAAUUUGUAGAUGAAUAAAACCUGUAUGCACCAUUUGUGUAUGAUAAAUGCUGAUUUUGUAUUUUUGUCGGAAAUUAGUAUUAUGAAGUAUUUGUAUUAUUUUGAAAUGACACACAUUACUAAAUCUGAAAAGUGAUCAUAUUAUAAGCAAUCCAGAAUAGAAAAUAUUUGACUGCAGAAGCCAUGUGCAAAAAUUUGGCUCACAUUUAAUAAAUAUAUCAUGUAUAAGAUGCUGUGUAAUAUUUGUCAAUACAAACAAACAAGUUGAUUGUUGAA